CUCCUCUCAUUAUUAUGUUCAUUUUGCCAGCUUUCUAGGGUUAAGACCAAUCCGCCCCAUACAACCGGCGCACUAGUCCUCCGAGUCCGGAUGAUGUCCUCAGUCAAUUUGCCGCUGUCGCCGUCGAUCCUCUCUUUGGUUGUCAAUUCCCCAAGAUUCUCCCGCCCCUCCAAGAAAUUUCUUCGGAUCACGGCCUCUUCAGCCGGCUCCGACGAGAGCCGAACGACGGGGAAGAGCACGCUGGCGUCCGUUUUGGAGGUCCCCAAGACGCUGUGGAGGAGGACGCUGCAACCUCUUGGAGACUACGGAUUUGGGCGGCGAGGAGUGUGGGAGGGAGGCGUUGGGUUGUUCAUGGUCUCCGGGACAGCUCUCUUCGCCCUCGCCAUAGUCUGGCUGCGUGGUAUCCAGAUGCGUUCGCGGUUCAGGAAAUAUCAGGUGGUGUUCGAGUUCUCCCAGGCAGCUGGGAUCUGUGUGGGCACCCCUGUUAGGAUCCGGGGGGUGACUGUGGGCAGCGUGGUGCGGGUUGGUUCCAGCUUGAAGAGCAUCGAUGCCGUAGUUGAGGUUGAGGAUGAUAAAAUCUUUGUACCUCGAAAUUCAUUAGUUGAGGUGAAUCAAUCUGGCCUUCUUAUGGAGACAUUGAUUGAUAUUACACCACGAGAUCCACUUCCUGAGCCUUCUGUAGGUCCUCUUGAUACUGAUUGUGUCAAAGAAGCUCUAAUUGUGUGUGACAGACAAAAGAUAAAAGGGCAACAAGGAGUAAGCUUGGAUUCCUUGAUUGGAGUGUUUACACGUCUUGGAAGAGAAAUGGAGGAAAUUGGAGUCUCAAGAAGUUAUAGAUUGGCUGAAAAGGUGGCAUCUGUUGUUGAAGAAGCACAACCCCUCCUUGCCAAGCCAUUUUCAAGUACGUGCAUUCUGAAUCUGAAGUAUGAAGAAUUUGUUGUAGUAAUGCAACAGAUUGAAGUAUUGGCUGAAGACAUUCAACCUUUGCUUGCUGAGGUGCGCGAUAGUACUCUGCUGAAGGAUGUGGAAAGCUUAACCAAGAGCCUAGCCAUGGCAACCGAGGAUUUGAGGCUCAAUCUUCCGUCAUCUUGUAGGAAGGUUCAGUCUGCCAUCCUAACUCCUGAGAAUGCUGAUUUAAUUAAACAAUCUAUUUUCACCCUCAUCUUCACCUUGAAGAAUAUCGAGAGUAUCAGUUCAGACAUAUCCAGCUUCACCGGCGAUGAGGCUACAAGGAGGAAUUUGAAGUUGUUAAUCAAGUCUCUCAGCAGACUACUGUGACCGUUGCUGAAACCAAAUUUGUGCCACUUCUUUGCUAAAAAAAUCUGCUCGCGACGGUGAAACCAGUGAACGGGUAUAUUUCCACAAAGAUAAUGACUCACGAGUCACAUCGUGUUUAAAAUUAGUCGUGUAUAAAAAUGCAAUUAGAAUAAGAAAAUGAAGGUACUCGAACUAUUUCAAUAAUUAGUUACUUAAUUUUUUAAAAUAAAAUUGGUGAUUUUUUCAUAUCA